GGAUUAAGGGGCACCUUCGAAGAAGCAGCGCCCACCAGGCAUCACCUGCCACAAGAUCCUGAAUUGAGCCGGAUCAGCCUGAGUCAAGGCCUGCCCUGCGCUGACACCUUAGCCGCCUCCAUCUUGAGUGCCCCUAUCACUAGGAAUGUUUUCAUGGUAAUAGUAGUUGAACUGAGACCAUCCAUGCCCAUCCUACACACCUCAGCGCUAGUCACACAUGUAGGUAGCUUACCGCGCAUUACUCGGGAGAGUCUUCCAUCAUUUUGAGUACUCAGCACCAGAAGGAGAACACGCUUUAUGAUCAAAGACUUGUGGUGGUUUUUUUUGCUUUGUCUGGUGUUUCCAUGGAAGCCAUGCUUAAAAGGAUUCACGUUAGUCUUCUCUGCCUUAGAAGUACCCAGCGCUCAGGAAAAGAAUCUAUUCAUCCUCUAUAAAUCCUGUAUCAUAUCUCAGUUAAGAUGCCAAGAAGAUUUCCCAUAAGAAAGGAAACCAAAGCACUGGGGGCUGCACAAAUAAUGAUUUCCCUGAUUCUCUAUGCAUUUGGAGUUCUCUGGAUUUUUUUGCAUUCUCUAGAAGAGAAGUCAAAUAGUGUUGGUAGUACCCUUAUGAUGAUUUUAAUAUUUUACUCAUGUGGGUCAGCAAUAUUUUUCAUGAACUCAGGAGCAUGGAGUGUCAUACAGAAGCCUUAUACGCUGUGUAAGGUUAUUACAGCAAUUGUAAUGAACGUCUUAAGUAUCUGUGUGGCUACACUUGGUUUAAUUAUGUUAGUCGUUGAGUUUGUGGCUUUUGAAGAAAUGUCAGAUGAAUACACUUGGUCAAAUAUGUGUGGAAUGUUGCUUGUACAUUUCACCAUCUUCUGCACCAUCACAGAGCUGAUCCUUGCCAGCGUACUUGCCCACUGGUUUAAAACAUCUCUUCGAAAAGAACAAUACAGUCAAGAACGUUCCUUAUCUUCAACAGAAUACUCGUACUCCUCGGUCACCCCAUAAUUGCAAAGAACGGG